AUGUCCACUACUCACCUCACUCUGACCACAGCAUCUCUUACGCUUCUCUCUCUGGUAGUGCUAGCGCUGAUUCACUCUCGCUUCAAGCGUCGCCUGCCGAAGGACAUUCAAGGUCCUCCAUCGACAUCUUUCUGGAUCGGUGCGAAGAAUCGUCUCAAAUCAUUGAUACAUCGCCGUUUUAACUCCGCUCCUAUAGGCAACGAGAAGGACAUCCGUUACCAGAAUGAGGUUGGCGACCAGGAGUUCCAGUGGCUUCGCCAGUAUGGGACUGCCUGGCGUGCAGCCGGUUGUAUGGGGGAAGAAGUCCUCAUGGUAGCAGAUCCGAAAGGCAUUCAGCACAUUUUGCAGGGCGCGGGUUACAACUACCUCAAGAGCGAGGAGGAUCGACAGCUGUUGCGGAUGGUUUCCGGAGACGGUCUCGCCUGGGUGCACGGACGCCUUGCAGGUGACGCCCAUCGUCGUCAGAGAAAGGUCAUGAACCCGGCGUUCUCUGCGGCGCAGUUGCGAGACUUCCUCCCCUUGUUCCACAAGAGGGCCGCAAAGGCACGACUCGUCCAGCGAAUAGAAGAGGAAAUCACGAACGAAGAUACAAGCGAGCCCGUUCUCAAUGUUGCGGGUUGGCUUACACGCGUGACCAUGGACGUCCUUGGAGAAGGCACACACAUCGUAGCCGGCUUUGGCUACGAAUUUGGCGCCACGGAUGACCGCAAGGGUGAUCUCAUGAAGAAUCUAGAGGGCAUCUUCGUCGAGUCGACGUUGUACCCCUCGAAGCUGGACCUGAUUGUCAAGUCUUUCUUCAACGCGAUCCCGUCGGGUUUACUGUACUACGUCCGCCACUUCCCUUCGCGCGAGUACCGCAGGUCGCGCGAAUGGCUCGACUUCUCGCGGACCAUGGCGCGAGACAUCGUGCGGAAGAGUGAGGCGCGCGUCGACGGGAAGGACGUCAUGAGCGUGCUUAUACGCGCGAACGCCUCCGAAGACCCAAAGUCUCAGCUAUCACAGACGGAAGUGAUUGACCAGAUCGCUACACUCAUCCUAGCGGGCACGGACACGACGUCGAUCACCGCGUCAUGGAUACUGCUAGAGAUUGCAAGGCACCCCGAGGCUCAGAUCAAGAUCCGCGAUGAGAUCCACGCAGCUCGUGUGCGCGUGACCGCGCGUGGGGACACUGAGUUCACCAUCGCAGACCUAGAGGGGCUGACCCUGCUGCAGUGCGCGAUGAAGGAGGGCAUGCGCUUGCACCCGAUUACGUGGCAGCUCACACGGCUUGCGGGGAUGGACGACGUAAUCCCGCUCGCAAACCCGAUCACGACAAAGUCGGGCCAGCUGUCCUCCAUCGCCGUGAGGAAAGGCACCCGAGUCAAAAUUUCCAUUUGCGCGUACCAUCGGCUUCCGAGUGUAUGGGGUCAGGACGCAGAUCAGUGGAACCCCGCACGCUGGCUUAAUCUAGACAACUCGAAGCAAGCUUCUGUGGGUAUGUAUGCCAACCUAUUGAACUUCUCUGCCGGAGUUCGCUCUUGCAUCGGCUGGAGAUUCUCCGUCAUCGAGCAGUCAUCCAUCCUCGCGAGCCUCUUGGAGCAUUUCGAGUUCGCACUGCCUGAUGACGCAAUGACGAAGCCCGCCCUGCGGAAACCAAGCCUCGUCAUGACGCCGACCGUUGAAGGCAAGCAGGGCUCCUGGCUGAGGCUGAAAGUGAAGAGCUUGGCGUGA